AUCAAUGUGAGCCGCUUUUGUGCCCUGAUCGACAUUAAAAGCGUGCUUCAAUUGGUGUAUACCAAAUAAUAUAUUUGUUGAAUGCAAUUAAGGCAUAUAAAUAGAUAUAUAAAUCAAGUGAGAAAUAUGUGUGAUUCGGUCGCUGCCCCCGAUCAGCGCAACGUUGAGAUCAAGGCGCGCAUACCCGGCGGCCCGUCCGAGUUCGAACGCCGGCUUGCCAUUGCGCGGCAGUUAACGAGCUCAGAUGGCGAGCUGAUUAUCCAACGUGACGUCUUCUUUAAUUCACCAAAGGGUGGCCGGUUGAAGUUGCGCUAUUUACAGCCGCCGGCACGCUCACAAUUGGUCUACUACGACAGACCCGACGUAGCCGGCCCAAAGCUCUCCAGAUACAACAAAAUCGAUGUGGACGAACCGGCCGUGCUGGAGAAAAUGCUCGGCCAGUCGAAUGGUGCUUUGGGCGUGCUGGCCAAACGUCGCCUACUCUUCCUGCACGAGCAGACGCGCAUUCACAUGGACGAUGUGCAGGAUCUGGGACAUUUUAUGGAAUUCGAGGUAUGCCUCCGACCCGAGCAGACUCUGCAACAGGGCCAGGAUAUUGCCGAGCAGCUGAGCCGCACAUUUGGCAUUGCCGCCGAGGAUUUGAUGACGGGCUCCUACUUCGAUGCACUGAAUAAAGGCGGCGAUUCAUGAGCUAUGCCUUUUUCUUUAUCUUUACUCUUUAGAGCCAUUUUUGAUCCUUCGAGAUUCUCAAAA